UUCCCUGAUGGCACCUAGGCUUGGGAGCGGCUUUUAAUUUAGAUUGUUUUGUAUUCAUUUAUCCAUUAAGCAAAAGCGGACACUUUAAAGAAAAAGAACACACAGAACUCAAAAUGUUUAGAUGAUUUGGACUACUACAGCUUCCAGAAUCCCCUAGCCAGUGUUAUGGGAGUUGUCCUCCAACAGGAAGAAGAGCCCAACGUGUCCUCCUUGCUCCGGAUGGCAGUAGAAACUGUUGAGAAAGAGAGCUUGGUGGAAUAUCGGAAGAAACAGCAUGAGCGGAGGGAGAGUGGAAUCGGCUGCCAGAGGAGGUAGUAAAUUCCUCUUUCCUGGAGGGAAUUAAGCACCGGCCAGAAGGAUAACCAUCCUCUCUUCCAAGUCCGACUUGUCUUGCAUCCACGUUCUUCUGACUUCCUCCAGAGAUGCCUUCAUGAUGGGCUGUGCUGGGCAAAGGGAGGACCCACAAUUCUCAGGAUCCGUCCACGAAAGUCACCUUGCCAGGUUCUUGGAGGCAACCGGAUCCUUUGCGAGGGACAGGUCCUUUCUGAUCCAGGAAAGAAACGGAGUUUGAAGAGGGGAUAGGGAAAGCUCACCUGCAGGACGCAGGUGCUUCAAAGGGUUGCGGGCCUGCACCUGCGAGCAAGACGGGAUGAGUGCGGACAGGUUCCCCGUGGGGGCGAAAGCCCUGGGUGUCCUCAAGCACCAGAAAAAGCAGAUCUGCAUGCUUUCUGUGCUGUGGUCAGAUCAAAACAACGUCCUCAUCUACAGGGAAUUUGAAGAAUUCAAGAAACUCCACAAAAGAUUGAAGAGAAAAUUCCCCAUUGAAAGUGGUGUCUUGAAGAAGUCUGACCGAACCAUCCCUACAUUCCGAGAGGUCAACGCAAUCCUGAGGAAGAACCACAAGCUGAGCAGAUGCGUGGAAGCCCUGAAAUCGCUGGAGAUUUACUGCCAGGACCUGCUGAAGACCCAGCCGAACAUCUCCCGGGGGGAAGAUGUGGUCUGUUUUUUCGAAGCCCAGAACCAAGAUCUUGACCCCUCUUUCCCAGAAAACAGCAUCAUCAUCCUGCCUUCCAAAAUGGAAGACUCCAGAACAGGGGAGCCGGCCGGGUGCUCCAGACCGGUCAUCACACAGCCGGUCGUGGCGCCGCUCUACCGAUGCCUCGAAGCCUUUGACACGGACGAUGUGAAGGAGAACCCUUUCAGCGCAAGCCGGGCGGAGACGCUUGAAGUGCUCAUGAAGGAUCGGACAGGGUGGUGGCUGGUGGAGAACCAGAGGAAGCAGCUGGCGUGGUUCCCGGCCUCCUAUCUGGAGACCACUGAGGAGGACCCCAUCGUGAGGGAACCCAACGAGGAAGAGAUGCUGUAUUACCUCACACAGCCCUACGAGGCCAAGCGAUCGGACGAGGUCUCGGUCAAGUGUGGGGUGGUGGUGGAAGUGCUGGAGAAACUGGACACUGGAUGGUGGCUUAUCUGGUACAACGGCCGAGGCGGUUACGUCCCCUCCGCGUUCCUCCAGCCGUACAGAAACCCACACAGCAAGUUCCUAGCCCUGGCUGCGAACUGUUUCUCCAUCUCCACCCCAAACCUCUCCAGAAUUCCCGGGCUUUCGGGUAAGGCGUCCCCGAUCCAGCUGAGAGGCUGCCUCGACCAGGCGGUCCGGGCACAUCCCUCCAACCGGAGGAGAGGAGAGGACCUGAUGUCCUGGAACAGAGCCCGGGCCUCCAUCCUGUCCGGCUGCGGUUGGACCACAGAGAUGGAGGGCCUGGCUCACAGUUUGGGGAACCGCAGCCGACAGGAAUCCCCAUGGGCCCUGAUCUCCGAGGGUCGGAGGGCAAAGGGCAGCCUCUACCCAGAGACCCCCCAAGAUCCCUUUGGGAGCCGGGGGCAUCUAUGUAAGCAACUGAGCAGCGCCAGCGUCGCCUCCCAGGGCAGCUGCUCCGAUCGUUCUCCUUGCACCCGGCCGUCCCCUGCUUGUGGGAGCCCCCCGGUGCCCUCCCGGCCCACCCCCUGCGAAAUCCUCCAGAAGUGCUCCACCGUCACCAAGAAAGCCAUGCGGAGGGCUCUGCCCCAGGCCAGCCCCGGCCCCUGUGGUUGCCACUCGGCGGCUCUGUGAAGCCAACCACCCAGAAGGUGUUCGAAUAUUAACCUUUUUCGGGUUAGGUGGGAAUCUCCCCUAACCCCUUCGCCCCUGGUUAACAAACAUUUUUGAGAAGAUACCGUGUCUGAAGCAAGCGGUUUUGGGGAUCAGAAAACCGUGAAGGCACCACCCCAAGCAGCAAGAUUUUUCGAAGGGAACAUCACACCACUGCGAAGGAAUAAAGCCCAGGACUGUACUGCACGGUCAGAUUUUUAAGUCUAGGAUGUGUUAAAAAAAUCCCCCCGUGACUGGGAACGACCCCCUUUUCUUGUAACCAACACUAGACGUUAACGUUGUCACUGCAUAGGUGCCUAUUGGACAUGGUCAGUGAGUGUGUUUAAAUGUAUCCGGAUAAGCUUAAGGCUCCCUGGCAAAAGGACGCGCAUUGAAAACAUUUCUAAUCCCACGUUUUCACAGUGAGCCCCAGGAUCGCUGCAGUGACGCAAGACUGCUUGGAAUUCGCCUGGAGGAAGAGACUCCUAUGCCGUGAACACGAAAAGGGUGGCCGCUCGAGAGAGAGAGCUUGUUUCGCCGGCACACCCGAUGCAUCAAGAGGUGGGCAAGGGAGAGCGGGACCCUCCAGCUGGAAACUCACGGUGGGGCCCCUUUCCUUUCAAAUGGGCUCUGCACAGAUCCAGGCGGGUGGCACAGAGGGCCCCUGUGUGCCACCUGGAGGCAAACGCCACCUUUUUAAAAAGGAUCCCACCCUCGUUUAUCAUCCAGCAUCCACCCCCACCUCCCGCAAGAGGAGAAGAGACUGUUUUUACUCAGCCUGACGGUCAGGGCUGCUCCAUCGUCCCUCAUACUGUUUCAGGAUGAUGCUGUAGCCCGUUGCACACCUCUCAGUGCAGAGGGAGGCAUCUUCCCCUUAAGACAGGCCCCCACCCCACUCCAAAAACUGGUCCAGGUUUCUCCACGAGCCAGCAGGCGGUUCACGGCACUGACGUACGGCACAACGAUGCCGCUCGGAACAGGACUGACACCAUCCUGCCCAUGUACUGUUAUAAGUAAAAAUCAAAGAAGGAAGGGAGACGCUAGAUUGUGGAAUCCUCGCAGGAGUCAAGGUACUCACGUUUUUAA